AUGGCGUGGUUAAGGUUGCAGCCUCUCACCUCUGCCUUCCUCCAUUUUGGGCUGAUAACUUUUGUGCUCUUCCUGAAUGGUCUUCGGGCAGAGACUGGUGGCUCAGAGGAUGUGCCCAGCACAGGGCAGAACAAUGAAUCCUGUUGGGGGUCAGUGAACUGCAAGGAGGGUGUCAUCUUACCUAUCUGGUACCCGGAGAACCCUUCCCUUGGGGAUAAGAUUGCCAGGGUCAUUGUCUAUUUUGUGGCCCUGAUAUACAUGUUCCUUGGGGUAUCCAUCAUUGCUGACCGCUUCAUGGCAUCUAUUGAAGUCAUUACUUCUCAAGAGAGAGAGGUGACUAUCAAAAAGCCCAAUGGAGAGACCAGCACAACAAUGAUUCGGGUAUGGAAUGAAACUGUCUCCAACCUGACCCUUAUGGCUCUGGGUUCCUCUGCUCCUGAGAUCCUCCUCUCUUUAAUUGAGGUGUGUGGUCACGGGUUCAUUGCUGGUGAUCUGGGACCUUCUACCAUUGUAGGCAGUGCAUCCUUCAACAUGUUCAUCAUCAUUGCCAUCUGUGUGUACGUGAUCCCCGAUGGAGAGACUCGUAAGAUCAAGCACCUACGAGUGUUCUUUGUCACUGCUGCUUGGAGCAUCUUUGCCUAUAUCUGGCUCUAUAUGAUCCUGGCAGUCUUCUCUCCUGGUGUGAUCCAGGUUUGGGAAGGCCUCCUCACUCUCUUUUUUUUCCCAGUGUGUGUCCUUCUGGCCUGGAUAGCAGAUAGGAGACUGCUCUUCUACAAAUACAUGCACAAAAAGUACCGUACAGAUAAACACCGAGGAAUUAUCAUAGAGACAGCGGGUAGCCACUCCAAGAGCAUUGAGAUGGAUGGGAAAAUGAUGAAUUCCCACUUUCUAGAUGGGAAUCUGGUGCCAUCAGAAGGGAAAGAAGUGGGUGAGUCCCGCAGGGACAUGAUCCGGAUUCUCAAGGAUCUGAAGCAAAAACACCCAGAGAAGGACUUAGAUCAGCUGGUAGAGAUGGCCAAUUACUAUGCUCUUUCCCAUCAACAGAAGAGCCGCGCCUUCUACCGGAUUCAAGCCAUACGUAUGAUGAUUGGUGCAGGCAAUAUCCUGAGGAAACAUGCUGCAGAACAAGCCAAGAAGUCCGCUGCUAUGAGUGAGGUGCACGCCGAUCAGCCUGAGGACUUUGUCUCCAAGGUCUUCUUUGACCCAUGCUCUUACCGGUGCCUGGAGAACUGUGGGGCUGUACUCCUGACAGUGGUGAGGAAAGGGGGGGACACAUCCAAGACCAUUUAUGUGGACUACAAAACAGAGGAUGGUUCUGCCAAUGCAGGAGCUGACUAUGAGUUCACAGAGGGCACCCUGGUUCUGAAGCCAGGAGAGACCCAGAAGGAGUUCUCUGUGGGCAUCAUUGAUGAUGACAUUUUUGAGGAGGACGAAUACUUCUUUGUGAGGUUGAGCAAUGUCCGCAUAGAGGAUGAGCAGCCAGAGGAAGGGAUGGCUCCCACAAUACUGAAUAAUCUUCCCUUGCCUUCCAGGGCUGUCCUGGUGUCCCCUUGUGUGGCCAGAGUCACUAUCUUGGAUGAUGACCAUGCAGGCAUCUUCACUUUUGAAUGUGACACUAUUCGUAUCAGUGAGAGUAUUGGUGUCAUGGAGGUCAAGGUUCUGCGGACAUCAGGUGCCAAGGGCACAGUCAUCAUCCCCUUUAGGACAGUGGAAGGGACAGCCAGGGGUGGUGGUGAGGAUUUUGAAGACAUAUAUGGGGAGUUGGAGUUCAAGAAUAAUGAAACUGUGAAAACCAUAAGGGUUAAAAUAGUAGAUGAGGAGGAAUACGAAAGGCAAGAGAAUUUCUUCAUUGCCCUUGGUGAACCGAAAAGGAUGGAACGUGGAAUAUCAGAGGUGACAGACAGGAAGCUGACUGUGGAGGAAGAGGAAGCCAAGAGGAUAGCAGAAAUGGGAAAGCCAGUAUUGGGUAAACACCCCAAACUAGAGGUCAUCAUUGAAGAGUCCUAUGAGUUCAAGAAAACAGUGGACAAACUGAUCAAGAAGACAAAUAUGGCCUUGGUCGUGGGGACCCAUUCCUGGAGGGACCAAUUCAUGGAGGCCAUCACCGUCAGUGCAGCAGGGGACGAGGAGGAGGAUGAAUCAGGCGAGGAGAAGCUGCCGUCCUGCUUUGACUACGUCAUGCACUUCCUGACGGUCUUCUGGAAGGUGCUGUUUGCCUGCGUGCCCCCCACAGAGUACUGCAGUGGCUGGGCCUGCUUCUUCGUCUCCAUCCUCAUCAUCGGUGUGCUCACGGCCAUCAUCGGGGACCUGGCCUCCCACUUUGGCUGCACCAUCGGCCUCAAGGACUCGGUCACAGCUGUUGUUUUCGUGGCGUUUGGCACCUCUGUGCCAGAUACCUUUGCCAGCAAAGCCGCCGCCAUUCACGACGUGUACGCAGACGCCUCCAUCGGCAACGUCACCGGCAGCAACGCCGUCAACGUCUUCCUGGGCCUUGGCCUGGCCUGGUCCGUGGCCGCCAUCUACUGGGCCAUGCAGGGAGAGGAGUUCCGCGUGUCUGCGGGCACGCUGGCCUUCUUCGUCACCCUCUUCACCAUCCUCGCGUUCGUCUGCAUCAGCGUGCUCCUGUACCGCAGGCGGCCCCACCUGGGCGGGGAGCUGGGCGGCCCCCGGGGCUGCAAGCUGGCCACGACGGGGCUCUUUGUGAGCCUGUGGCUCAUCUACAUACUCUUUGCCACGCUGGAGGCCUACUGUUACAUCAAGGGGUUCUGAGCAAAGGACACUGCCUCCGGCAGGGCAGGCCUAGGACUUCUCCUGAGAGAAGGGCACUUCCCCCCCCAGGGACCUCCCCGGGAUGAGCAGCCCUGGAGAGGCGGCUUCGGGACCCGAGCCCCAGGGACUUCACCCGACCUCCACCCCGGCGGUGAUCCGAAAGGGCAGAGUCUUCAUCAAUCAGACAGAAUGGGGGAAACACCUACACUACCAAGUAUUUAAUUCAGUACAAACCAACAACAGCAACAAAUCCACCUCCACCCAUUCGACCCCCCCCCACCCCCCACCCCCAUGUCUCUGACCUGUAGCCAAGGUCAGAUCCUUUCACCAUCCACCUUCUGAUUCCUCCUGUGCUUCUACUGUCAUCAGGGCAGGGCUCCUCCUGUCUGUGCAAUUCGAUGCACCGUUGUCCUCACUCACCUGGCGGGCGUGGAAAUCACUCUCAGCCGUGUGGCUGGUUUGGGGCUCUCUCUUCAUUGGAAUCAUUAUCGUGGUUGCUUUCGUUUUUCCAUCAGGUUUUGCUCGUCGUUCGUUCAUUUUGUCUUUUCUCUCUGACGUUCGUGUCAAAGGCGCUGUGGAGGAACCCAAGGUUUGAGCCGAUGGGCAGAGGCGUGAAUUGUCAGACACACACUCUCCCACUCUCAGCAGGUGACAGCUGCCUCUCAGCCCCAUCGAGGCCCUGUCCCCCAUCUCCUUUUCGUCUCUGGGUGGAAGUGAUCUUGCACACCCACGCAGGGCACCAAAGACCCGGGUGGUGGCAGGAGCAGGAGUUUCCCCUGCUGAUGUCAAAGUUUAAAAGAAGCAGUCAUUGUUCUCUUGCUUGCCCAGGCCUUUCAAAUUCUGUCUCGUGCUGUCCAUGUCUCUAUGUCCUUUCUUCUGCGGGAAGGCCGGCCCAAUGGGAGAUAAGGGACAAAAAUAGGAGUGGUGUGGGAUGGCAGAGGGCAGCUGGGGACACAAAAUGGGUUUUCACCUUCUUGAGUAUCUUUGGCCUUGUAUCUGAGCCAGGAGAGACGGGACGUCCCACUAGGGAGAUACUUAAGGGCAAAGAUAUUUAAAAUGCCAGUGCUUCUGAGAAAGGUCAGCUUCGCCCUCACCCCUCACUGUCCGGUGCACCGUACUGAGAGGUCUGACUGUAUUUCUUGAGGUUAUGCAAACAUGUAGAGGUUUAUAAGAAGACAAGGGGCCCCUUUCACCUCUCCUGGACCCCUAGGCCACGUUUGAAAGUGUUUCCACAAGAUAGGAACUGGAAUUCCUCGCUGUCUCCCACAUUCCUGCUUGGUUUAAAACCUCCCAAAGCUCUUUUUUUUUUUUUUUAGCCUGUGGGCUAUUUCUCGCCCCAGUAGGAGGAAUCUUAGUUGCCAUAAUCCCAUGGAGCCCGAGUUUAUAGAAAAAGGGAUUGUCCCGCCUUCUAGAGCUUCUCCCAGCAAACUUUGAAAGGACCUGGCUUCACACACACACACACACACACACACACACACACGUUCACAAAACUGCCCACAGAUCUUCAGGCUUUCUGCAUUGACAUAAAUACAUUUUUAAGGGGGAAAAAAUUAAAUAAAAAACCUGUUUAAUUUUAAACACAUUUUUUAAGAAAAAAAAUAACUAAAAAGAAACAGCGCUCAUGUCAUAAGCUAUGUUGACAGUUGCCAGUGGAAAUGUUGGGUUGGUUUAAAAAAAAAAAUAAAAGCUAUACUUAUAUCUCUCUACAUACAGCUUGCUUCUC